GCUGCCUUAUAAACCGACGUGCUGCGUUCGUAAUAAAUCAUAUACAGUGUCAAGCAUCAUAAUAUUCUGUGUCGCAACACGUGUACUUCAUGAUUUUCUUGUACAAACUGUAAAACGUUCUCUUGCCAAAAUGAUGGUAAUAACGGGAGUACUCCUUUUAGUGGCAUCGGUGACAUGGGCUCAAACGACAACGACAACGAGCACAACGACACCGACGACAUCCGCACAGCCGCUGACUCCGCCUAACUGUGACUGCGGUGACCAGGAUCAGAGCGACAAGAUGCAGGCGUCGUCCGGUAAAAGUUUCGGUUGGUUUCACCGGCGCCCCAUGAUGCCGCACAACAAGACCAUCUGUGGAACGAACGGCCAGACCUACGCCAACCAGUGUCUCUUUAUCAACGCUCAAGCGCAGGAUGACAGUUUGGGAAUGCGACCAUGUUUCAAUGACACCGCGGAUAACAGUUGGUCGUCCAAGAUGGAGCAGUGGAACGAGGACCGCGACGGAUGGGGACGGGGACGCGGCCGCUUCGCUGGACGCUACCAGAUGAUGCAGAAGAGCUUCUGUAUGUCCGACGGCAGCACAUUCAACGGCACCAUGACCGACAAGCAGCAGUACCUCCAGCAGAAUCCCAAUGUGGGCGUUCGCUGCCACGGCAGCUGUCCCUGCCAACUGCAGUGUCCGCAGCCGCGCGGAUACAUCCAGGAGUUCAUCCUGUUCCUCUGGAGAUAAUGCCUCUCACCGCACCUUAACGAAUGGAAUCUCACCGAAAUUCUGCACAUUUAUUAUUUAUGAUUUCUGUUUUCACAAAUGCUUGGUGUACGUGCAAUGCACCGAAUGACUGUACAGAUUUACAAGCACUGCUCUUAACGCUUCCGUCCUUCCUGAAUGAAAUUCGCCGAUUA